GCGCACGAGCAGUAGAGAUCAAUCUCGCGGCUGCAUCGCGCCACCGAAUGCAAUGGUGUCGUCAGGCUGGAAUUGCCCCGCAUGGAGCAAGGGAGAGCAGGCCAAGGUGCUGCAGUUGGUCAUCGUGUCGGUGUGCUGGCUGUUCCUGCAGAUCGAAGGAGGAUCGCCAGGGACCACUGCGGUUCUCUUCACGCUCGCCGUGUAUCUGGUCCCAACAAAAAGGCACCGGCCCUCAAGAAACCCGCCAAAGUCGUUCUGGCCAGACGCCCUCUCAUCGGCAGAGAACGGCAACAGCGCGAGGUCAUGCGAGAUCGCCGCGAACCUGCUCCUCACAGGCGAGCUGGAGGCCUUUCUCGAUAAGAGUUCUGACGGGGUGCGGCGUCAAGCACCCGGUACGUCAACUCAAGAGAGCGCUCCUGCCGCUGCCACCCCCAACAAUACCGCCAGCAGCGCGCGGGGAAAUCCCUUCGAGGAGGCCCUGACGAGGUUGGCUGGAGCGGCAUCGACGUGCGGGACCGAGCCUCUGAUCUACGUGCGACGCGCCGACGUUGCGGUCAUCGUGGACGCCCUCAUGGACGUCGUGCGAACGCCGGCAGGGCCUACUGUUACUUCACCGGCGUUUGCCCGCCUCAAUCUCGUUCGGCGGUCUGGGAGGAAGGAUCCAAGAGGUGGACGAAGGGCUCUCUCGCCUGUUCGUCGCGGAGAGCGGGCUGCAUUGGCGUUCCAUCGUGGCAGACCCGGAAGGGGUGGCGGCGGCGGCGGCGGCGGUGAAGACAGCGGUGGGCGCAGGGCCGUGUCCGCCAGCCCUUCUAUGUCACGGGGAGCACCAACUAUAGCACCUCCGGGUGGGAAGGCACUGUUCCAGGAUAGCAAUAUGAUGACACCCCCUCGUGUCUUGGCGCGUCCGAGCCCAGCGUCUACGAAGAUAACGUUUCGCCCUCGGUCACCCCCGCCGCCUAGUCCGAGCGGGGACGGAGAGCCGGUAGGGAACUCAACCGUAGGUGCGAGGCGGAUCAGAGGUGGGAUGGAGGGAAAGCAGCACCGGGUGCUGCAACGCGUGCACUCUCCCCGUGCUUUCAGCAUGACACCAAUUGCUUUGGCCAAGAAUAACGAGGCGCCGCUGAGCGCCGCCGGGGCUUUAGUUACCAGCGGCGGCGAAGGCGGGAGCCAAAGCGGCGUGAUGCGCUCAACCGACGAGAAGAAGCAAACGAAGCUGAAACCGCCUGCUCUGAUCACGACGAUGAUGCAAGACGGUUGCGAUGUUACCCCAUGCAGCACGGCGAGUGACAGGAAGAAAAUCCGGUGUGUUCCCGCGAAGGGAGAGGCUUCGGACUUUGACGACUUCUGGAGCUCUGGUUGGGGGUGAUAUGACACAAAGGCCGUAUUAUUGGUUCCGGUCCUGCUGCGCCACUGAAAAAGCCACAGGCUUCCCUUCGGUCGGUAAUAUGUGGGUGAUCGCGAGGACGAGAGGCGUACAUCUGGCAAGCUGGGGCAAAGAGAAGCCGAAGGAAAGUCUUCAAAUCCCAAUCAGACGGGAAUGAGAAAUGGUAUGGAGCGUUGCCGGAGGUUGAACAACAAUUUCGGAGCUGCUGAUGCCGAGGGUGCCGCUAUCGAGGUGCAGGCUCUAUGUGGGCACGCGGAAAUUGGCCGGGAAAUCAUUUCUCGCACCCUGAUGCCUUUGUGAUGGCACUAAGGGCAGGGUGGCACAAUAUCAGGGAACAGGUCGGUCCACGCGGAGGUCCAUGGCAGCCACCAUGGGUGUCGCAUCGACGGCAAUGAGCCUGACUGGCAAAGCCGUAUGCGAGGCAUGUUUCUCGGAGUGUGACAUUUGGGGCGCCGCCGUAGUCGCGGAGAACUUGAAAGACCAGCACGAGCGGAUAAACAUUUCCCUGUGUGGCUUCGACUCCAACAAAACGUGGCUUUUGAAUAAGGAAGCAACAAGAACGCAGCGCUCGUGAAAAGUUGUACUACCUCUCAGCCCCGCUGAAGUUUUGGGCUAUCUCUGAGCGACGGGAGCUUGUUUGUUCACGGUUUUGGUGAGAUUAGAAUGUAUUGGCAUGUAUCGAGGUGAUGUUUGGAGUCAUGGGGAAAUCAAGAUGUGCAUUGGACCCCUCGUCUAUGUAUUUUCUGUUUAGUAUCACGCCAUAUGCGUGGUUGUGCAAAGAUCACGCGUAUGCUGCGUUCUUUUCAUCGUUGUAACGAACAAUUUAGGGACAAUUAUUCAACCACAUAUAGAAAGAGACCUGACUCGUUCGCAUUCGGAUUGCUUGGAGGUUGUGUUGGCCGCUUUGCAGUCGUUCAUGGAAGGGGAAACGAUGGAUGGGGCGCGUGAUCGUGUACGUCAGGUAGUAAAAUUUAGAUACCAUGCGUAUUUUGCAUAUGUAUGUAUAUUUACUUCCUUUAGUCGCUCGGCAUCUUGGAAUGCAGUUUUGCUGGUGUGGGUAAGUACACACGCCACGCUGUGAAACAGAGGAUGUGGAGGGCAUAAAUACCCAAUUUUUUCGGAAUAUGCUUGGAGUCAUUAAUAUACUGUUGUUUCCUCAUUUUCUUAUCUACGUGCAUGUGCUAUUUUAGUACGUUUUCUUCACAAAAGGGUGGUCAGUUUACUCGUUUACAUGUUGGUACGCACGGGGGUCGCACAUGUUCGUUCUACACUCGUCGUCGUCGCUUUAUUUCAUGCACAUGAAUGAUUUUUUUUUUUGGGGGGGGGGCACCAGGUUUGACAAAAAGUCGAGGGUGCGGCAGCGCCGUUCGGUGUACUUUGGUCCCCCCGGAUCUUGUUUUUUUCUGUUGGGAUGGCUCUGAUGGGUAAGCCUAAAUUCUGCUGGUGGUUAGCAGUGUUUCUAUCGGCCGGUAUCGUUGUGGCCAGCAAGAGUAGCAGGAACUUGGUUGGGCUCUUGUUCGUCGUUCCCGCAAGUACGUACGUGGUAGGUUGCAACCAACACCGGGCGGCAUCCUGGAAGACCCAGAACCACCCCUGAUCUUUGGAACUUGCAACAACGUGGCUCGGAGGUGUGCGUUUUCCACCCGCGAAGGGUAUUCUCUGCCGGCUAGAGGGUGAAUAGAAUAGGUUUUACUGCAUAGGCCUCGUAUAUAUGUGAAACACUAUUUUAGUUGCUACAUGUAGAGAUAUAGCCUAAGUUGUAUUGUCGAUAAUCUGUCAAAAGGCUGAUCGUUCCAAGCAUGGUUUAAGCGGGACAGGUGCUGUCGAUGCAGGCGUACCCCGUUGUGUGCGAUCAUUGCUUUGCUUGACUUACAUCGUACUUUACUUGGUAGACUUUAGUAUGAUGAAGCAGAAAGUCAAGCACUGAUUUUGAUAUCCAACCGG